UGCACCAAGCGAAACUCUCCACACAGACACCAUUGCAUAUAAACAACUUAGAGCUUGCUUCAAAAUAACUCGCUUAUAAAUAGACCACCGACUAUCCAAACGGGGAUUUCCUUUGAUACCCAGUGCACAGCAGUGACUGUGUAACAACCAGAGAGCUGCAGACCAGACACUGAGAGAGGAAGGACAACAUCCAGAAAACUACCAUAAUGUCAGACGAUCAACCCUCUUCACCUUCCAGCGACUCCUUGUGCCCAGGCUGCCAGGGUGAAGGGUCGCUGCUGCUACCCUGCGGACACACUCUGUGCCAGGCUUGCCUGCAGCUGUGUCAGGAUGAGCUGGGACAGGACGGACCGGGCUGUACCGAGUGCUACGGCCGCGAGCUGCUGGACGGCGUGCUGAAGGGGCUGCUCGACUCGUUGUUUCAAGGGCAGCCGCAGCGGGUGGGAAACGGCGUGGAGGGUGGAGAGACGGCGGAGGAUGGAGAUCUGUGCAGACAGCAUGGAGAGAGACUGACUCAGUACUGUAUGGAGGACGAGGAGCUGAUCUGUGAUCAGUGUCAGGGAGAGGAACAUGAAGCUCACGAGUGCAGCGCUAUAGAAGAGGCCACACAAGAGUGUAAGAGGGAGUUGAGAGCAGCUCUCAGACCCCUGCAGGAGAAACUGGAGAUGUUAAACACAGCCAAGCAAACCAGCCAGGAAACUUCAGAACACAUCAGGAGACAGGCCCAGAACACUGUGCGUCUGAUAAAGGAGAACUUUGAAAAGCUCCAUCAGUUCCUGCAUGAUGAGGAGAUCUCCAUGCUGAGAGCUCUGAGUGAGGAAGAGGAGAAGAAGAGCCAGAAGAUGAAGGAGAAGAUGGACAAACUGACAGAUGAGAUCAUGACCUUAAGAGAAGCCAUUAGUUCAACAGAAGAGGCCAUGAGCGCUGAUGACAUGGCAUUUCUGAAGAACUACAAGAAGACUUCAGAACGGAUGGACUGCACCGUUCAGGAUCCAGUGGAAAUCUCUGGAGCUUUGAUUGAUGUGGCCAAACACAUCGGCUCGCUCCAGUUCAGAGUGUGGGAGAAGAUGCAGACCACCGUCACGUACACUCCCGUGAUCCUCGACCCCAACACCGCAGACGUCUGCGUGGCUCUGUCCGACGACCUCACCACCAUCCGCUACACGGAGGAAGAGCAGCAGGUCCCGGACAACCCCGAGCGCUUCUGCUUCUACGACUGCGCCCUGGGCUCCGAGGGCUUGGGCUCCGGCCGGCACAGCUGGGACGUGGAGGUGGGCGACUGCAGCGAGUGGGCGCUGGGGGUGGUGAAAGAAAGCGUGCAGCGUAAAGAGUGGUUCCCGCCGAGUCCCGAGCGCGGCAUGUGGACCAUCUGCCUGUACGGAGGAGAGUACUGCGCGCGGACGGCCACCAGAGGCGCUCCUCUGACACUCAAGAAGAAACCUCAGAAGAUUCGGGUUCAGCUCGACUGGGAGGCCGGCAGAGUCAUGUUCUCGGACGCCGGAGACAACUCUCUGCUUUACAAGUAUAAGCACAAGUUUACGGAAAAAGUGUUUCCGUAUUUCUCCAAUACAUGUAAAAGACAUCCGCUGCAUAUUUUAGCGGAGAAGGUGUCUGUGUACACGGAGUAACUCAACAGACAUUUCAUUAUCGACACUUUUCUGAGCCGGAAGGACUGAGGUAGUACAAGAAUGACUUAAAGGGAUAGUUCACCCAAAAAUGACAAUUCUGAC